UCGUGGGACUUUCCUACUUUUUAACAAAUAGUGUUGGUGCAACUAAGGAUGUUUUUGAUAAGAGACUUGAUGGAUGCAUAAUGAUAUUUGCUGUGAUGUAGUACUGAACGAAUUUCAGUGUGUUUGUAAUGGUGGAUAUUUUUUUAUUUGGGAGUUGUAGUAUAAAUAUAAUUCAAGGCAACAAAUACAAUACGAAUGCCCCACGAAUAGAGGUAUCACUUGUGACUAACACAUUUCCCGCCUUGUGUCAGUCAGUGUAAUAUUGUAAAUGCCCGAACUCUAUGGAAAGAUUCACCAUUCACCCAAGUUAAGUUGAAAUCGUGCUAGUGCUGUCUGACAUCACGUGUGACGAAAGUAGGAAUGUACUGAUGGAGACAGAUCCAUAGUUCACUCCCCGAUUUUAAUUGUGGGGACAAUUGGAAUAUUCAGCAUUUCUGGAUGGCAAGAUUGGGUGGGAGUUUUCAGUGGUGUUGUCUUGAGGUUAGGCAUUUGGAAAUGGGUUAAGGUAAAGAUUUUGGUAUUGCUAGAAUGAAAUAAAACGCCAACCUCAUUUCGGAAUUAUCGUUACAAAGGACUUACUGUUUCCUCUCUCCCCAAAUAAUGUGUUUUGGAAGCGGUGCAGCGCCUCGGUCUCGCUGCGAUGAAGUGGGACGGGGAGGGGAUAUUAUCCAGGGCGAGGUUGGCAGUUGAGACAGGAACGCGUAGUGGGAAACAAAGCAAGGACAUCAGACAUGAAUUCAUCCUGGUAACAUUUGCAUAGGCUUCCGUUAUGUUUUCAUUGUCAAAGCAGUUUUUCAUCCACACUACGAUGGAUGCUGUGUGUAUGGCGCCUCUAUUGUGCCACUGAGGACUCGUUGGAAAUACAAUAAUCGGACUGAAGGUGACGCAACGUAUUUUUAUUGAAACUAUACAUUCCCUCUACAUUUGCGACAUGAUCUGUUAAACGCUCAUCAUCGGUGGAUUUGAGACGACUGGGCUAUAGCCGACUUUUUCGAAAUGAUCACAAACUGUUCUUGAUAGUGGACUUCCGUUUUUGAAUCCGUAUGUUCUUAAUGAUUUCAUAUUUCUGGCAGUUAUAUUAUAGCAUAUAAUAAGACGCGUGGAAGUAAACAAAUAUAUAUACAUUGAUACAGAGGUAGAAAAUGAACGGGUUCCAGACCAGUCCUCCUGAAUGUCCAGACAGCGUCUGUUCAAUCGAAGGACUACCCCCUUUGCCAAAAGGCCUCAGCGGCAUCCUGAACUCCAGUGGUGGCUCAUGGAGGGACAUCAAAAAAGUCUACAGUAAACUGACACGCAUUCAGGCCGACAUUAGCGAGUCUACAGUGAUCGACUCUCUCGGCCGCAGCAAGCCUGCAAGUCUGGACGCAGGGCUCGCAGUGCUGCGCGAAGAAAUGGUGGGACUCAGACAGUUGGACAUGUCUCUGCAAUGUCAGCUGUGGUCUCUCUAUGAGUCCAUCCAGGAGUACAAGGGAGCCUUUCAGGACAUCUCCAACUCUCUGCUGUCAGAGAGCAGCAUCACUACAGAAAAUAGUUACUCUGAGGAAGAGGAUGAUUAUGAAGAGGAGGAGAAUGAUGGUGAUAAUGUACCUCAGAAUCUACCUGGCACUUCACUGACUCUCCAGUCAACUCAAAACUCCCGGGACCAAUGGAUCAAAGAGUCUUUCCACAUUUCCUUAUAAACCAACUAAUAUUUUUCCUGUAUUUACAUAAUAUAAUCUGUUUCCUGUUCUGUAUAGCUGUUUUAUUAUUUAUUAUACUUGUACCCAGCUAGCUAGGUUAUUGGCAGAAGAACAUUUUUAUACUGGUGCCCUACUGAUGAACGGUCUCCAUCACACAAGGAGCUGACAUUUUCAACAAAACCUUGUUACUAUACAAUCCUUCGUUAAAGAGACCUUGCUUGUUGAUUUGGACUAAUUGUACGUAUCUUGAAAACACAAGCCAAUUAAGGCAUAUUUCAAAUACCUGAUGAUUUAUAUAUCUAUAUACAUAUUACAUAUACAUGAUUGUAAAUGCCUUGUAAUUUACUCCUUUAUCGGAGUAAAACAUUUUUCUCUAAAUAUAAUUUUCUUCUCUACAAUUUUAAGAUUGAAUGUAAUCUUAGACACAUAGUCACAUACACACAAUGUCAGUAUUUCUCCUUUUUGUUUGUUGUGAUGGGAAGUUUAUGUAUUGAGCUUUUUUAAUAUCUUGGCAUAAAAAAUAAAAAAUGUUAUGGACAGUAA